AUGGCUGGUAGACCUUCAACUGCGAGGAGCGAGAUCUCUUCUGCUAUUUCCGACGAUGGAUUUGGUUCGCGACCACCGUCGAGUGUCAAUCCUUUACCUUCCCUACCAAACCCUCCGCCUUCGCAACACGGCUACACUCAUUUAAGAGGCAUUACCCAGCCCGCAAAUCGAUCAAUACGGAGUAACCAUGCGGCUUCGAGCACCGCAGGGUCUAGCAGACCACAAAGCCCUGUCAGUCAGGCCAGUCGCACUCACGUGCCGUCGUUGACCGCACAAGGCUUCUUCAAGCCCAUGAGCUCUCAGAGACUUCAGGCACAAAGAUUGAAGAAGCCACUCGGUGCGAGAACUGUUCAGCCUCAGGCGCCAAUCCCCGAUGCAGAAGGGGACGAAGAUACCCGGAGUUUGGCUUCCAGUAGACAAGGCCCGUUUCAUGCAAUGCCCAAAAGCCACCGCCCGGCACCUUCCAUCGCCACAGAAUACACACAAUCAGAUGCGCCUGAGACUGUCGAUGCGCGAUUUCCCGACGAUGUGUCCCAGACCGAGGGCGACACUGGCUUAGUCGGCCGGCCGGCCGCGCAGAAACAUCAACGUAGGCCUUCUCGGCUCAACAUUGCGAGCACUCACAAAGCCGGCGAUCCACCUCAGAGAUCACCUCUUUCCUUCAGAUCGGGGUUGAGCCUCGGAAGUAAGCAUCGGCUGGAAACCGGUCAUCAACAACUUCCCUCUACCACCACCUCGCCUCGGUACCCUCCAGAUGCCAAUACGAACAUCGCCAGGCGAAGCGCCUUGGGCAAGAACUAUGAGUAUUUCGAGGGCAACACCAUCUUCUGGUGGGGCGGGCGUCUUCAAAAUGCCCGAGAUCGACCCAUAAACGUGCUCACUUGCAUCUUGGUGGUCCUCCCAGCGGUUCUGUUUUUCAUUUUCUCAGCCCCGUGGCUCUGGCACCAUGUGUCGCCGGCUAUCCCUAUAAUAUUCGCUUAUCUUUUCUUCAUUUGUUUAUCUUCCUUUCUGCAUGCGUCACUUGUUGAUCCUGGUAUCUUUCCACGGAAUAUCCAUCCGUUUCCACCAGGGGAGAACGAUGAUCCUCUUACCCUUGGACCACCAACUAAUGACUGGGUCAUGGUUCGACUGGCAACUUCCACGACCGCAGCCAUGGAUGUUCCAGUCAAAUACUGCAAGACCUGCAACAUCUGGCGACCCCCUCGGUGCUAUCACUGUCGUGUUUGCGAUAACUGUGUUGAUACUCUAGACCACCACUGUGUAUGGAUCAACAACUGUGUCGGUCGACGCAACUAUCGUUACUUUUUCACUUUCGUCAGCACUGCGACAAUCGCGAGUCUCAUGAUGGCUGGUGCGACGUUGGGCCAAGUCAUUGCUUAUCACAAACAAAAACACAUUUCAUUGGCGGAAUCAAUCGACAAGAACCGAGUCCCGUUCGCCGUGUUCAUUUACUCCCUUCUCGGGUUUAUGUACCCAUUCUCGUUGUGGGUGUACCAUCUUCUACUUACCGGCAAAGGCGAAACAACUCGAGAAUAUCUGGCGUCUCGAAGGUUUCCCAAGGCUGAAAGGCAUCGACCGUUUACCCAAGGAAAUCUAAUCAAGAACUGGAUCACUGUUCUGGCCAGACCAAAGCCCCCCACAUAUGUCCAUUUCAAGAAGCAGUACGAGGAAGGAGACCAGCGCUUCGGCUCCAGACGAGGGCAGCGUCAAGCCAAGUUGGUUGGAGAGGCGCAGAAUGGCGGGAUGGAGAUGAAGCCAGUGCAAGGAGCCCAAAGCGCAUUUGAAGGACCGACUGGGAGAAUCUCCAAGAAGGAAGCGAGAUGA